AUGCACUAUGGAGAUGUCAACAGCCUUGGCAAGUACACAAAAUCCCAGUGGUGGCAGGUGAAGAUUAUCUCUGGCAAAGCAACAAGUUCUACAGAACAGACUGCCAUGUACGCGGAAUUUGUGACUUGUGGCUGGAACAUCUUUGGAAACGAUGUGGUUACAGCAUUUGACCUUUCAUCAUUUAAAAACAUUUGCGACCUUGGAGGAGCAUCAGGAGCCCUGGCCAAGAAAUUCAUCUCAGUGUAUCCAGAGUCAAGAGUCACAGUCUAUGAUUUACCAAAAAUGAUCAAGGGAGCAAAACAGUGCAACAUGCACGUUAAAGAUCCCAGAAUUUAUUUUCAAGAAGGAGACUUCUUUCAGGAUCCCAUUCCAUCAGCAGAUCUGUACAUCAUAGCACGAGUCACCCAUGUGUUACCAGAAGAGAACUGUAUUGAGCUACUAAGGAAGGUUUAUGCAGCAUGUAACCCUGGAGGUGCUGUUCUUUUGGUUGAAAGCUUCUUGAAAGAUACAACUGAUGCAGGCGUGCCGAAUCUACUUAAUUUCAUAAUGUUGUUUUUAACAGGAGGAAAGGAACGCACAUUUGAAGAGGUGACCAUCCUACUAGAAAAUGCAGGAUUUCAAGAUGUUGAAUUUAAAAUUACAGGCACAUACCUUGAUGCUAUAAUAGGAAGAAAAGCACUUGAGUAAUGCAUGUUUGUUGUU